AUGAAGGACCUCGGGAUGGCUUCAGGGCAGAGUCCCACAACACCUGAGCCCAUGCUGGAGCCCGAGCUUAUACCGGAAUCUGAGCCCACACUGGAGCCAGAGUCUAGACCAGAGACCAGGGCGGAGAAACCAUUAGAGCCACUGGCUUUAGAGGCAACUUCGACGGAACAAAACCCGAACGGUCCAUCAUCUGAACCAGAAUUGGACCCUGAACUUUUAGAAGCCCUCGGUGUUGAAGACGCCGACCACCCUGAACUAAGCCUUAUAGUUCACAUGAAGGACCUCGGGAUGGCUUCAGGGCAGAGUCCCACAACACCUGAGCCCAUGCUGGAGCCCGAGCUUAUACCGGAACCUGAGCCCACACUGGAGCUAGAGUCUAGACCAGAGACCAGGGCGGAGAAACCAUUAGAGCCACUGGCUUUAGAGGCAACUUCGACGGAACAAAACCCGAACGGUCCAUCAUCUGAACCAGAAUUGGACCCUGAACUUUUAGAAGCCCUCGGUAAAUAA